AUGGAAUUCUUGGCCCAGAAGCCUUUGUACUGCUUCAAUCUGACAUCCAUGCAGGAUUCAGAGAUGAUUCUUGCUGCCACUUUUCACUUCUAUGCUGACAAACGCCUGCGGCACAGGGAAGUGUUUUGUAAGCGGUCCAAGAACUCAUCCUGCCGCCUUCUUCACCUGCCUCCGGUCCUGCGGCUCAACCUCAUUUUCCAAAGUAUUCACCAGAAUUCUGCCUAUGGACUAGUGAAAGAGAACAUCACCGUGUUUCUUCAAAGGCGAGGGGCUUGGCAUGCAAAGGACAUUUCACACAUCAUAAAAGAAUCAAAACGGGCUGGAGAGCUCAUUCUCUGCGCUGAGCUGGAUUCUGGGGAGAAACAGCAGGGCUUCCCUGAACAGGUUGCCAGUCAUUUACCUUAUAUACUAGUUUAUGCCAAUGAUCUUGCAAUCUCUGAACCUAACAGUGUGGCAGUCACCUUACAGCGUUACGAUCCAUUCCCUUCCAAUGAUGGGGACCCAAAUCUAUCCCCUAAUGCUUCUACUGACACCCGAGUGAGGAGGGAUACAUACCUCUCUAGCUCUAUUCAGAACAAUGAGUUGCCAGAAGUAGAUUAUAACAGCAAUAAAUACAACAAACAUGACAUAUGGGAGAAUGCCUACAAGUCCUUGAAACCAAAAGCCUCACGCAAAGACCGAAGGAGGAAAGGGCAAGAAAAUACAGAAACACUUACGAAGUCUCAGGUGCUAAAUUUCGAUGAGAAAACAAUGAAGAAAGCAAGGCGAAAACAAUGGAAUGAGCCAAGGAUUUGCUCAAGAAGAUACAUGAAAGUUGACUUUGCUGAUAUUGGCUGGAAUGAAUGGAUCAUAUCUCCCAAAUCAUUUGAUGCCUACUACUGUGCAGGGGCAUGUGAAUUUCCAAUGCCCAAGAUUGUCCGGCCAUCAAAUCAUGCUACAAUCCAGAGCAUUGUAAAAGCAGUAGGAAUCAUUCCUGGCAUCCCAGAACCCUGUUGUGUUCCUGACAAAAUGAGCUCACUCAGUGUCCUGUUCUUAGAUGAGAACAAAAACGUUGUUUUAAAGGUAUAUCCCAAUAUGUCGGUUGAAACUUGUGCCUGCCGAUAA